AUGGGUACCGCCAUCAUCAAAGGCCUUCUCACCAGCAUACGUCCCGGACAUGCAAACUCGGAUGACUUCAGGAUGGAAAUCUACGCAUGUGUCAGAUUCCAAGAAUCUUUCGACCGUGUUCAGAAGGCUCUCGGCGACGAAGCCUACCGCGUUCAAAGUGCAACACAUCUACACGCAUGGUCUCAGGCUGUUGACAGAGCAGAUGUCGUCAUGUUGGGUAUCNCCCCUGCAGAGCUCAGAGCCAUCUCGGAGAACAUACCGCUGUGCAAGUCGCUGCGGGGUAAACUUGUCAUCAGUCUGCUGGCAGGCACUUCUUGCGAGCAGGUCACAGAGGCAUUUGUGCUCAAUGACAAGGGCAACAGAGCAAGCCAAUUCCAUGUCAUUCGCGUCAUACCAAGUAUGGGAGCGCAAAACCUGGACUCUGUGAGUAUGAUUGCCGAUACGCCUCAUGCUGGAGAUGAGCAAAAGGCCAUGUGCGACUGGAUCUUCAGGCAGAUUGGCAGUGUCCAUUAUCUACCAGAGGAACUCAUGAAUGAGGCCACUGCUACUCAUGCAACUUGCAAUGCUCUCACCAUGAUUGCUGCUGACGCUAUCACGGAUGCUGCCGUGGCGGAAGGUAUACCUCGCUCACAGGCAAUGGCGUUGGCGGCACAGAGUUUGAAGAGUGUAGCUGGCCUGUUGGAGAGCGGCAUGACUCCCGAGUCGUUGAAGGAGUCCAUGUCUGUGCCAAAAAGCAUCACAAUCAACGCUCUCCUUGACCUCGAGAAGGGUCAGGUCAGAUCUGCUACAUCCGACGCCACUAGGAAUGCCAUCAAAUACACAAGGAACAUGACGAAUCAAACUUCUAUGUCUUGA